ACAUUUGUUUAUAUGGGUUACUGGGAACACAAUUCCGGAGACGUUAGCAAGGUUGUUAAGAUUUGUUGAAAUUAAAAAUUAAGAUUUUAUUUAACGCUUGUUAAUAAUGCCUGCUGUUUUGUUAACAGAAUCCGUUGUUGCAGAUUUAAGCGCUGUUAUAUUUUUAGCUGGAGAAGUUUGGCAAGAAGAUACAAAGUUAUAUCAACCAUAUGAAGUUGAACAGAUUCUUUUACCUGAUAAUGCUGCUUGUUUAAGUGUUAAGGCAUUUUUAAGAAUGUGUGAUUUAAGCUUUCAAGUUGAGAUGAGAACAAAUGCUGAAAGCAUGUCACCAUCAGGAAAUGUUCCAUUCAUACGAUCUGGUAAAUUUGUUGUUGCAGAUGUAGAACCCAUAAUUAAUUUUGUCCAAACAAAGGGUAAAAGUCUAAGUAAUCAUCUUGACAAUGCUGAGAAAGCUGAUAUGAAAGCAUAUAUAUCACUAGUGAACAUUGUCCUUCAUAAUGCUGAGCUUUUUGUUUCUUGGUGUGAUAAAACCACAUUACAAGAAGUGACAAAACCUCGAUUUUCCUCCUCUCUUCCAUGGCCUGUGAACCACUUUCUUGUCUGGCAAACCAAAUGGCAAGUACAAAAGAAGCUAAAAUCGGCUGAUUGGCAUACUAAGUCUUUAGAAGAUGUCUAUGAAAUGGUUGAUAAUUGCUGUUAUGCUCUUUCUGAAAGACUUGGAACUCAGAAAUACUUUUUUGGAGAGAGUCCAACAGAAUUAGAUGCCAUUGUUUUUGGACAUUUAUUUGCAAUACUAACCACUCCACUGCCAGAUAACCGACUGUGCUCCAUUUUGAGAGAAUAUCAAAACUUGGUUGACCUCUGUCAAAGAAUUGAUGUGGAUUAUUUCCAAAAGCAAGCAGACGAUGAUAUAGAAAUCGAAAAUAUUGAGUUGAUCAGCUAGUGACUAUGUUGCAUUUAUUGAAUUAGCUAAUAUUAUUUUCUAAAUUUUUCUGUUCUAGAUCUGAUUAUGUCUAUUCUCGAAAUGUGCUAAAAUAGUAAGGUAAUAGAUUUUUUUAUAAAAGCAUUUUUGGUUACUGCAGUAUUACCAUAAAUUGCAUUUAUGUAAAGUUUUACACCUUUUACAGCUCUUCUUUAAGUGAUAAACAUUAUUUUUCUUCCUGUAGAUAAAAUAUCAAAUUUUUAUACCUUAUAUAUGAAACAUUUAUUAACAUUUUUCAUUUAUUAAACUUGAGAGAAUAUCCAUACCAAAGCUGAUUACUUUGUUUCAAAUAAAAGUUCAUUAUAGUGUUGCGUUUGUAUAAUUUCUAUAUGUAUAAUUUCUGAUGACAAUUUUAAAACCC